AGUGGUCAAAACUCAAAAAGUUGUUGGCACGCUAGUGAAAGUAAAACGGUAUUUUUCGCGGGUUUAAAGACAUUUAUCAAAACAAUGCCACCCAAGAAAAGAGAAAAAGAUCCUGAUAGUUCAAAAACACCAAGAAUUGAUCAUAUACAAGCUGAUCAUGAAUUAUUUCUUCAGGCAUUCGAAAAACCAACCCAAAUCUAUAGGUACCUGAGGACAAGGAAUAUGUGUUCGCCGAUUUUUCUGAAUCGUACUUUAACCUACAUGAAGCAUAGGAUGUCCAGAACUCACAAAAACAGACCUGAUUUCAAAAUAGAUUCCCUCUUGGACAAAGUACUUUCAAGACGAGAGGCAAUGGUUAUACAGCCAGGAUACAUCAACCUCACUUUUUUGAGUUUCAAUAACAAAUCUCUGGACUGUAAUGCUCAAAUUGCUCAGGUAGAAACAGUGCUUCUGAAAAUUAUUCACAAAAAGCGUAAAGACAGCUCUGCACCUAGUAUGCAGGUCACACUAGGGACUGCUGAUGUUCCUAUCAACCCAGAUGAUCAACAUUUACCUCUUACUGCACCCACAAUCAGUAUUCCAACUGAAUCAUUCAAUCCCUCAAGUGGUCCAUUAGUAAAAUCAUAUAUUCUUCUCUUCAGAGUGAAAGUUACAACAGAAAGAGAGAGUGAUGAUGAGGAACCUGCUUUAAAGAAACGUAAACCAAAUGGUGGUAAUCCAGAUAACAACACCAAACUGUAUGGUGCUGAACUCACAGUUUAUGAUAAACAUAACCGCUGUUACUUAAGUGAUGGAGAUUAUGAUAUUGUAGUACAAGAUUUCUCAACAACUCCCAAGAAUACUCUGAAAAAGCACUCAAGCUGGGAAAAUGUAAAUGACUUGGUAGAAACUUGUGGAAACCUGGAUGCUUUCAUGAAAGGAUCAGUGCUGAAAUUCAAAUUAACUUGGUCUCCUGAAGCUAGUGACAGAAUUGUAGACCGUCCCCAAUCCUAUCCUUUGGAAAACAAAGAAAAUGUACCUGCCUUGUUGAAUGGCAACAAUAAUAACAUUGAGAAGCUUCAAAUAGUAUAUCAGUUUGUUUAUAAUAAUAAUUCUCGGCAACAAACAGAAGCUUGUGAAGACUUGCACUGUCCAUGGUGUAGUUUGAAUUGCAAUCAACUUUAUACUCUUCUCAAGCAUUUGAAAUUGUGUCAUUCAAGAUUUACUUUCACUUAUGUGCCUAUCUUAGUAGGAGCAAGGAUUGAUGUAGCUAUAAAUGAGAUGUAUGAUGGUUCAUAUACAGGUUCCCCACAUGAUUUGAUUUCUCAACCUUCAGUUUGUGCAUUCUCGAGAAAUGGUCCAGUAAGAAGAGCAUCUGUUACUCAUAUAUUAGUCUGUCAUCCAAAACGUCUGAAGCCUAGUUUAUCAGAGUUUUUAGAGCUUGAUGAUUGUGAAUUUGAUGGCCAAAGGCCUUUCAUAACUGGACACAAUAGGCUUUAUCACCAUACAAUAAGCUGUUUGCCAAUCUAUCCCAAAGAAAUGGAUGUUGAUUCUGAAGGUGAAAAUGACCCUGAGUGGCUUCAGAAUAAAACAAUGAUGAUGAUAGAUGAAUUCACAGAUGUAAAUGAAGGAGAGAAAGAAUUGAUGAAAAUGUGGAAUCUACAUGUAAUGAAAUAUGGAUAUGUUGGUGAUUGUCAGAUUCCUUUAGCUUGCCAAAUGUUUGUUCAAUAUAAAGGAAAAGAACUAUUGUUGAAAAAUUUGUAUAAAAAUUUUGUAGUGCACAUGACAAGUCUUUUUGAUUUUGGUUUAGUGAGUGCAGUUUGUCUAUACACAACAAUCCAGAAGUUACAAGAAUUAGUGGGAGAAACAAGUGCAAUUCGAAAUAUCCUCAAGGAAUCAAGAGAGGCACAGAUAGAUAACUGGUCAAAAACUGGAAAUUUGCCUCCAAUUUGUGAUAAAUCAGGCAUAAUCAAGACCCCCAGUGCUGGUAGGAAAACUGGUAAUUUGGGAAUUCAGAGGAGGAAAGGUACACCAACUCCUAGUGAGGCUAGUACAAGGAGAAAAAGUGUUUGCAGUGAAACCACACGUAAAAGACUUUCUUUAUCUCUUAAUAAAACUGACCAAAAAUCUAGCUAGUUGAGGGUAGGAAUCAGCUGUGACAUAAGUUAUUUUCAUAUUUUGAGAGAUAAUUGAAACCAAUUUUUUUUUAAGAAAUUUUACUAUCUAGGUACCUAUAUAAGUUGAAAAAUAUGUUCCCAAAGAUUUUUUUCAAUUUCACACAUUCAAUUCAGAGUGAUUCAUUAGCUCACAAUCAAACUGUUGUUAUCUAAUGAAAUAAAUUGCUCCAUACCU